AGGAAACUGAAAAUGAUUGCAAAGUGCAAAUACGAUGUGGUCAUCGUCAUCCUUCCCACCAUCUUCCCCCCCUUUGACUCUCUGCAAACCAAGGUCAAAUUCUUCCCUCUCACUAUCCCUACCAACCAAAACCCCAAAUUCUCAUGUAGACGUCGGCGACGGCGGUUCUUCGGCAGCGACACCUUCUAUACCACCGUUCCAUGUCAAAUCCAUCACAAGCACAUCAAACCCAUUUGUGAAGCAUUGCGUAAAGCUUCGCAACAGCUCAUCUUAUCGCCAUUCUCAUGGUUCUGUUCUUAUUGUUGGAACUACUCCACUCAGGGAAAUCUACAACUUUCAAGAAUCGAUGCAAGAAAAGCCAACGACAAUCGAUUGUUUACUUUUACAUGAAAAAACUUCGGUUCCUGAAGAGUUUGUUGAAAGUGGUGUUCGUGUUGUUCGUGUUAAUUCAAUGGUGAUGAAGAAACUUUCAGGACUUCAAUCCACGGAAUCCAUUGAUGUGGUUUCUUUAGUGAAAAUUCCUUCAACUUUUCACUCUUUAGAAAACAACCACCAUGAAGAUUUUUCAAAAUGGUUUCCUUCUGCAUACCGAAUUCUUGUUCUUGAUGGAAUCCAGGAUCCUGGCAAUCUUGGGACGUUAUUAAGAUCAGCAGUGGCGUUUGGAUGGGAUGGAGCAUUUCUACUCCCCGGAUGUUGUGAUCCAUUCAAUGAGAAAGCAGUUAGAGCAAGCCGAGUUUUAGGUAGUGAAGGGAGUGGGCUCUCCAAAGAAGCCCAUGAGGCAUGUGAACUAGUAAACAUUAGAAUGGCAGGGGCAUUUGAGUCAUUAAAUGUUUCUGUUGCUGGGGGAAUUUUUUUGUUCAUGUUGCAGCCUCAAAACAAGAAGUUUGAUUAA